AUGACAGAGAGAAAAGUGACGAUUCAAUCGCUCGUUCACUAUUUUUCAAGUACAAUGAGCUCUGAAAUGGCAUCUCGUCGUCCAAUUGCAAGUUUGGUUUGGGAGUGGCCAUUACAAGGCGGAGAUGGAAAAGCGAAUGUGGCUCUUGACGCGAGAUAUUUCACUUCAAAGGACAUAUCGGUGAAAGUAGUGGGUGAAAUGGUCGAAAUUCGAAUGGAACAUGAAACAAGUGGAGUGUUUGGUGGAGUGAAAAGGAGCCUGACAAGAUGUUAUCAUCUACCUGAGAACAUCGAUCCAUCGACAAUCAAAAGCGAAUUGAACAAAGACGGUCAAUUGGUUAUACGCGGCUCGAAAAAGGCUUUG